AGCCAGCGGCACCGGUGAGAGCGAAGAAGAUCUCUGGAUCAUCCUGACCUCCCACAAAAGCAUCAACACCAGAAUUAUCCAAGUGUUAUCCAGCACCUCUCACCAUGACGAAAGUUGCUCCCUCGGAAGAGGGAAAGCCGGAGUACGAUGCCGAUGCUCUGAUGAAGAAGAUCCAAGACAUGUACGAUACCCUCCCGGAUGGUUGGUCCAAGAAUCCCAACCCUGGCAAGAAUGGGUCGGCUCCCUUUGUGCACGUUGAUGGGCGCGUGAGCUGGAAACAUCCUUCUCGUGAACAGAUGAAUAAGGUUAUCUCCGAUAUGACUGGUUCCAAGGAUGGCUUGAAGAUUCCCGAUGACAAAAAGGUCCUCAUCAAGCGCUACCGUAGCAUGCUCCAGAGUGGAGUCCCCAAGCCUGCCGUGGAGCAACGUGCUCGUUUGGAAGGCGUGGACCCGGCUAUGAUCUAUGCCGCGGAGGAAGAGCAACCUUCCGCUGACAAGCCAAGGAAAAAAUACGGUGCGGCCGCCAAGAAGGCUGGUUGUGUGACCGCUUACCAGAAUGGAGCGCUCAAGAGGUUCCGCCAGAUGAUCAAGGCGGGUCUCCCCAUGGCGGCGGUGAAGCAGGCGGCGGACCUUCAGGGUGUUGAUAUUUCGGAAUUGAUCAAUGCCAAUAAUGCGGAUUGCAAGGAGCUCAGCAAACCCUUUGAAGGACCCAACAACAACCAGGUGGUCUUUCAGAAGGGUGCGGAUUUGACCCGCUUGGUGACAAAACUUGUGCAGACCAUUAGCAAGCGGGCCACAGCCAGUACUGAUUUGACGGUCGAACUGCGAGUUCUCUACCAUGCCCUUGGAUCGUUGCGUGGAGUCCAGCAUUCUCGCGAUGUCUACAACGGCACCACUUCCAAAAAGAUGCCCAUUAUGGAAAUGCGCUCCAAGCGCAAACCUUGGCUCGAGCUCGCGGGCAGUUUGGCCAUUCCCACCCCGGCUGAUUGGAAGGAUGCUGUAGAUAUUGAAGGUCUCGAUGAUCUCGUCAAGUGCAUCGAGCAGGCCUACAAGGACGACUUGCAGGCCAUUAGUUCUCAAGUUGGCGUUGGCGUUUAUGACUUCGGAUCCUUGGCUCAAAUCUACGCUCCCGGAACCCGUGUCGUUGCCACCAAUGCCUUUGUGGGUGGAGUUGGAAUGAUUUGUGAAGUUGCCUGGAAUCGCUUCGAGGAAGGAAAGACCUUGUUUGGAAUUUCUCGCACCUUUAAAGUUUGCUUCAAUUUUGUGGUGGCGGUUGGCAAACACUUUACGAUUGCUGAAUGUGUCGAAACCAUGGAAGACUUUGAUGGCAAGCGCCAAAUCAGUCUCCUUAAUUUUUUCCCACUUGCUGGGUACUCGACCGAAGAGGCGGAACAGAAAGUAGCCCAGUUUGAAGCUCGUGGUCGCCUUUACAACGAGGUUGCAACCAAGCAGGCCUACAUGGAAUACGAGAAGGGUAGCUUCUAUGGCAAACGAACCGGCAAUGUCGACCCUGGCGCCAAUGCGCUUCACAUGGGCGGUCGAGUCAUGGUGGAUACGCAAGGCAGUUACGAAAAUGGAUUCUCCAUUGGAACCGGGUACGAUCCAAUGGUGAUGGGCAUCAAAUACAAGUACAAGGAGUACAUGUUGCAGAUGCGUGCCCAGAAAGAGGACGCAGGCAGCUCUGCCAAGUCUGGUGGUGCGGAUGGCAAAAUGAUUUUAUUUGAAACUGUACCCGAAGACUACUUGGCCAUGACGUGGCCCGCUGUGGUGGGCUUUUCCUUUCACAGCAAAGUCUGGGGCGAUGUCCUUGUGGAUGGUUUGAAGCAUAUCGAAUACCAGGAAGAUAUUUUCGAUAAGAUUGUCCUUCCUCCAGCCCGCAAGCGUAUGGUCAAGGCUCUUGUGAAGCACUCUUGUGAUGCCUUUAACGAUGUUGUGCGUGGCAAGGGAGAAGGGUCGGUUUUUCUCCUCUACGGUGAGCCUGGUGUUGGCAAAACCCUCACGGCCGAGGCAGUCUGCGAAAUGUUGCACAAGCCGCUGUACACGGUUUCCUUGGGGCAGCUCGGAUCGACUGCUGCGACUCUGGAGAAGAACCUGAAUGACAUUUUGACCCUCUGCGCUCGCUGGGAUGCUUUGAUUUUGCUUGACGAAUGCGAUCUCUAUGUGGAGAAGCGUUCGUCUGGUGGGUCGUUGGAACGCAAUGCCAUGGUCAGCGUCAUGCUUCGCUUGGUGGAGUAUUUCAAGGGCGUUCUUUUCCUUACAUCCAACCGCAUUGAUUCUUUGGACCCUGCUUUCAAAACGCGCAUCACGUUGGCUCUUCGUUAUGAUGCUCUUGACUUUGCUGGUCGCAAUCAGAUCUGGAUUAACCUCUUGGAGACCUCUGGCUUUGGUGCUGCCGUCAAGAAUGGCGACAUUAAUACUGAAGAGUUGGCGAAUAGUGUCAUGAAUGGCCGCGAGAUCAAGAAUUCCAUUCGUUUGGCCAUGGCAUUGGCUGCGGAAGACGGCGAGCCCCUCUCUCAGAAGUUUCUCUUGGAGACCGUUGCCAUCUUGGAUGAAUACAAUCAGCAAGCCGCCUCUCCCGAAGUCUCGUACGACAAUCUGACCUCUAGCCCUCGUUCGGUUGAGGUCUAGAGCCUGUCGUUCGGUUGAUGACCGAAGGAGAAACGGAAUGUUGAAAGAACCCCCCUACCAAGCCAAGACGGGAGAUUUUAUGUGACAAAACAGAUGAAAAGGAGCCCAACCAGCAAGCCAAGACGGGAUAUUGCCAUGACAAGCAAGUUCAAAGAAGCCCAACCCAUCAAGCCAAGAACGGGAAACUGAAAUGAAAGUAGGAUAACUCUAGUGAUGUGGUUAUGCCAUCGAUUUGCCCAGGACAAUCGGUUGCAUUGU